GGGGCGAAUUUGGGAGGAAGGAAGGAAGGAAAUCGUAACGUUGGAUAGCGCGUUGAAUCCGGCGGAAGAGAGCGCUUGCGCGUGCGAAAAAAAAAAGAGAGAAAGAGAAGAGGGGGUAGAAACUGGACGUAUACCACCGUCGACAUCCGUCGACUGACUGACAGUGCGCACAAGCCGGGAGUUCACGUCGGUCACCGAAUCAGCGAUCCGGUUCAGUCGAUCAAAGCCCAUCGUCGCUGCAGCAGAGUCCCAACGUCAACAAUUUUGUCUCUCCCAUUUUUCUGUUUUCCCUCGCCGUGCGGAUGUGACGGAAUCUUUUUCGUGUUUUUGACUUCCGUGUCGCUGGAACGCCACCUGGAGAACAACAACUUUGCUUGUUUGUUUGGUUUUUAACGAUUUGUUGUGCGUUUGUGUCAAGUGUCAGAUUAACACAUUGAAUGUGAUGAAAUACGACCGGAUUUUGGCGGAUAUCCAUCCGAAAUAGGGCGGGAUUUGUUUUUUCCCCUUCGAUCCCGCACUUUUCUUUGGGUUAGCGGAAGUUGUGGCGAGGAAAAGUUGUUGUUGUUUUCCCCCUUGCGGCGGGAACUGUUGAGUUUUCUCCCGAAAAAAAGAAGAAAAAGGAAAACAAAAAUGAGUUUGGAUCCAAGUUGGUCGGCCGCCCGUUGGCUGGUAGUGGCCGUCGUGGUGUUGGUCGCUUCUCCGACUGCAGUUCAAACUUUCUGCCCGUCCAUGUGCCAAUGCGACGACAGUUUAUUGGAGGCCAGCUGCUCCGGAUCCCGGCUGGACUCUGUGCCAAUCCUUUUGAAUCCUUCGCUGCGCUCGUUGCAUCUGGCCCACAACCGGAUCGCCUCGCUCCGACAGUCUGUCAGUUUCUACGGCGAGUUGAGGCGCCUCGAUCUCAGCCACAACGUCCUUCACUCGUUGGGUCUGCUCCACUUCCAGCCGCUGGGCCAGCUCGAGUGGCUCAACGUCUCCAACAAUUUGGUCUCGUCGCUGGAAAUGGAAUCGUUUGCCGGAUUGCGCUCGCUGACGGUCCUCGAUCUCAGCGCCAACCGACUCACCCGACUGACGGACGACCUGUUCGCCGAACUGCCGGCCCUUGUCACGCUCAUCCUCAGCGGCAACAAGAUCCAAACGGUGGCGACCGGAGCCUUCGACUCGCUCCGUAAACUCCACACGCUGCGGCUGGAGGACAACAAUUUGGGUCACGUUCCAUCGGCGGCCCUGGCCCCGCUGGCCGCCAGUUUGCGAUCGCUCUACCUCAGCAAGAACCUGAUUGAGACGCUGGAAGACGGAACUUUCCGCCACUUGGCCCGUCUGCGCUUCCUCGGACUCAACGACAACGCCAUCGACCGUGUCGAUCCGCUGGCCUUUGACACGCUCGUCUCCCUGGAUGCGCUGGAUCUGAGUUUCAAUCGAUUGGAUGGCGUCGUCGAGGCUUUUACGGCCAGCCUUUCGCCAAUGACCCAUCUGGAUCUUUCGGGCAAUUUGUGGCGACAACUGCCGGCCAACUUCCUGUCAGGACUCCCGCGUCUCCAGACACUCAACAUUUCCUACAUGGAAUAUUUGCGCUCGGUCGAUCCGGCCGUUUUUCACCUGUCGAGGCCGUCCGCCAACGGAUCGCUCAGCAGCUCGUCCGUCACUUCUUCUUCUACCUCGUUGCCCGUCAAAGUCUUGCCCAUCGUCAACCUGGUGAUGACCAACAACGCCCUGUGGAAUCACUUGCCUUUGGGUGUGUUCCACGGACUGGACGCCCACCUGGUCCGUUUGGAUUUGAGCGGCAACGCGUUCGAGACGCUGGACAUGGGCCGCCAUCACCAUUCGGCCGACUGGCCUCAUCUGAAUUAUCUCAACGUGGCCUACAAUCCGCUGCAGUGCAACUGCUCGCUCCUCUGGCUGUGGAACAUGCUCCAGCAGCGCAAUCACUCGACGGCCGUCAGCGGCGGCAGUCCGGCUGUCGUCGUCGUCAACGUGACGUGCAGUGGUCCGCCACCUUUCAGCGGUCUCCCACUGUCCAGUCUCAACCAAUCGGACCUGUUUUGCUCUCUGGCGCUGCCCGUCUCCAUCAUCGUCCUGUUGGUGAUUUCGUGGCUGGUCCUGGUGGCCGGCCUGGUCGUCCUGGUCAUCUACUGGCGGAGGCGGCGGAAUGCCACACGGGAGAGCCGUUUGAUGAUCAUCAAAUCGAGCCACCACCACCAUCAGUAUCACCACCGCGAUCUCUCGUUCCAGCACCACAAUGGGACCAGUCCCAUCUUGGGCGGCCCUGUCAAGCACCAGCAACAAUACCGGGUGGAUAGCAACAGCAGUCCGGCCUUGUCCGGCCAUCACCACGUCGGCGCUACCAUACCGCAUUAUUACCAGCACCAGCAUCCCAACAAUCUUCAACACCAACACCAACACCACCAUUUCCAACCAGGCCAGUUGGCGGCCCCAUCGGCCAGAGACGAGUACACGUACCAUUGCGCCGGAACGAUCAAGCGCAUCCCCGUGACUGUCGUCUGAACAAAAACAAAAACAUUUUUUUUUUUUUUUUUCAAAUUUUUUAUUUUUUCCUCUGCCCGUCACAGCUUGACGCUGGAAAAAAAAAUUCGCCUGGGGUGUCAUUUCGCCCUGGCCCAUUCACUUUGAAUUGCUGAUGCAACUUUUUUUUGUUUGUUUUUCAUUUUCAUUUUGAAAACGUCAAACCAUCUUGUUUUUGUUUUUUCUCUUUUUUCGAUCGAUUAUUAGUUUGACGAGUUUUAAUAUUUAAGUUUUGACCUCGCAACAUGUUUUGACGAGGUGGAGCCCCAAAUGAAUCAUUGAUUGUGUGUCUCUCUCAUCUCGAUCAUGGACUGAGUCAUCAAUCCUUGGACAACGUACCAAAAUGCGCGCCCCACGAUCAAAGUUUAAUAAUGUACAGAAUAUUUGCGUUUAUAUCUAUUUUUUUCUUGUCAUCAUAUUCUUUUGAUCUGAUGUUGUUGUUUGUUUGCAUUGGGGUGGGGUUAGGUUUGGGUAUUUUUUUUAAUUUUGGUAGGCGUAACGACGAAGAAGAAAAAUGUGUCGGCCCUUAUGUGAAAAAAAAAAACGUUUGAAAACAAACCCGAACAAGUGAUACCGCGUACAGUAUUUAAUAUUUCAGGAUUCUUGGGGUUAUUCGGCGCUGCAGUGUCUCUUGAUUUUGUAAUGACCCUUCGUCAUCAAUGUCUCUGUAAAUAAAUAUCAAAUAAAUAUCGACCUAUAAAUAUAUUAUCACGCCACAUGAA